AUGUGGUGCAGACAACGGUCACUCUGGGAUCAGGAAUGGAACAGUAUUGUCUUUAGUGACGAGUCUCGAUUUUGUUUAGUCAUGCACGAUGGUCGUGCCAGGGUUAGAAGGCGACGUGGUGAAAGGAGGAAUCCACAGUCACCUUUAAUCUUCAUCAGAGGUAACAUGAAAGCGCAGCGUUAUAUCCACGAAGUUCUAGAACCCCAUCUUUUACCCUAUCUUGACACCCUGGCAGAUCCAACUUUCCAACAAGAUAAUGCCCGACCACAUGUUGCAAGAGUCACAAUAGACUUCUUUCAACAUAAUGAUGUCACAUUGUUACCAUGGCCACCAAGAUCUCCCGAUUUAUCCCCAAUUGAGCACGUGUGGGAUAUCAUGGGUAGGAGAUUGCUCAAUUUGCAACGUCCUCCUCAGACUCUAGAAGCACUUCGAGAGGAGUUGGUGGUUGCCUGGAAUGAGAUACCACAGGAGGACAUUGACCACCUGAUCAGAAGCAUGCCUAGGCGCGUUGGAGAAUGCGUAGCACAUCAGGGUGCAUCCACACAUUAUUACAGUCAAGAAUAACAACAUGUCAUAUAGAAAUGCGCCACACAAAUACGGUGUUCCUAAAUCAACGCUGGAAUUCAAAAUAAAAAAUCCUGGACAUAAAGACACAUGCGGUCCAAAUCCAAUUCUUUCAGCAAGAGUUAAUUUAGUUAGGUGGAUAGAAGAGCUGGUAACAACAGGAUUUGCUAGGAAACGAGAUAAAAUCUUGAAUAGCGUUCAAAAAUGUUUGACUGAAAAUCCACGGC